AUACUCCACUCUGACUCCACGGCUCCUCAUUCACUAGAAGAUGGCGGACUGCGCUCCACUAUUAGAUGAGGAACUCUCGUCCUUUGUCUUCAAUUACCUGACAGAAAACUCCGGCAGCCAGUAUGGGGAGGAGGAGGUGUGUUCGGACCGCUUGGACACCGACUUCCCGGACAUCGACCUCUCCCAGCUGGACACCAGCGACUUCGACAGCGUCAACUGCCUCAGCGAGCUGCCGUGGUGCAGCGACCAGCCGGCCGACGAGUCGCCGGCCUCCAUCCACUACAGUACAGCAGAUGAGCUCUUCGAGAUAGAAGAGGAGAAUGCGGCUCUGCUCGCCGCUCUGACAGACAGCCUGGAUGGCAUGGUGGACGCCGAGGUGGGCGGCCUCUCCGUCUUCCCCGCCCUGGAGGAAGAGCCCAGCCACGAGGAGGAAGAGGAGGACGGCCUUCCUCUCGGUGCGGAGGACUUCAGCCAGCCCCUGGGGGCCGAGACGGAGGACCCAUCACUACUGAAGAAGCUGCUGCUGACUCCUCCCAACAUGCCUACGGGAGUCGACGUGCACAAAGACGGCGUCCACGGCCGCCGCUACAGCAACCGAAGCCUCCAGCUGCGGCCCGUCAGGCCUCUGGCUAAGAGCGACCUCCCUCAGGAGCGGAAGCCCCGGGCGGUGCGGCCGGCCGGACGCCUCUGCACCGAGCUGCAUCGCCACCUCACCACCGCCCAGGACGCCGAGGACGCCCCGGCUAACGACACGGAGGAGGACGAGGAGGAGGAGGAAGACGAGGACAGCGAGUCGGAGGAGGACGAAGAGGAGGAGGAGGAGGAGUCCUCCAGCAGCGAGGUGGAGGGCGCGGCGGUGGCGGCCGUCCCCGCCGAGCCGGCCAAGCCCCAGUUCAGCUCGGAGAAGGAACUGCGCUCGGUGGUGGAGCUCAUCACCUACAUGCACACCUACUGCCUGCCCACGCGCAAGCAGCAGGGCUGGGAGCGCAAGGACCGCGAGCUGCCGAAGCCCCGGGCCCGGCCCGACGCGCCCCGCCCGCCCGCCACAAACUCUCACAGCAGAGUCGUGCUGGUGGCCGCUCCGGGGCCUAGCGGGGGCGUGGCGGGGACGGCCGGCGGCGCCCCAAAGAGGCUCCCCUUCGCCAGGCGGAGGGAAAUAAAGGCCAACUCCCUCCUCCGCGAGCUCCUGCAGCAGAGCAGCUCCUUCGAUGUGAGCAAGCCUUACAGACUGCACAGCCCUCCCUACUCCCACUCCUACAGCCCCAGCAGAGCGGCGCCCGCCCCCUGCGCCCCGGCUAAACCGGCCUCGGUCCAAACCCCCAGCUCCAGCAACCCCAAACCAGAGCUUCGUAAAGACUCUUCCUCCCCAGAGAGGAGACACUCCUCCUCCGAGCCGCCGCAGGGCCUGGAGGAGGCGGCGGAGAGCGGCGGCUCCUUCUCGGUGCGGCGCUCCAGGCGGCUGGCCUCCUUCCCCAGCCGCUUCGCCAAGAGGCUGCGGCCUGCGCGGGCGAGGGACGGCGAGGAGAGGGACAGAGAGGAGCGGGAGGACGGCCGAGCGCUGGUCAAGCUCCUGCCCACCCAGGCGGGGGGAGGAACCACGACGGAGACGCAGCCGGAGCAGCUGACAGCUACGCCUGAGCCCGCCAACCCCUGCUGCCACGAGAAGCGGGCCUGCCUCUGUCUGCCUCUCAACCCCAAGUCCACAGGAGAGACUCAGUACAGCACCAAGCCUUUCGAGCAGACCCUCAGCGUGGACCUGUGUGGAACGGCAGGUCUCACCCCUCCCACCACCCCGCCUCACAAACCUGUGGAGGACGAGCUCUUCAAGCCGGCGGAGGGCGGGAAAGGCGGUGGAGUGGUGAGUGGAGGCAGCAGCGGCGACGGCGGAGGCGGCGGCGGCGGCAGUGACUCCAGCGGGAACGCCAUCGUGGCCGCCAAAGGCUCGUCCUGGCUGAGCCGCGCUCACCACCAGCGGAAGCUGCCGGAGCAGACGGAGCUGUACGCGCAGCUGCGGCGCAUGGGCCAGGCCGGCGACGGCGACGCCCACCGCAGCUUCGGCGACCACGACUACUGCGCGCUGAGCCUCGGGGAGAGCCGCAAGCGCAGCGCCGCCAUCCUGGGCGCCAUGCUGCAGGCGCAGGGCGGCGGCGACGGCGCCCCGCCGCCCAGAGAGGCCGAGGACCAGCAGGCGGCGGACGAGAAGGGGCCGCAGGACGACGAGGAGACGCUGCUGACGUCGGAGGUGGCCGAGCCGCCGGAGCUGGUCAUAUCGUCCUCGCCUCCGUCGGACUGCCAGUCGGUGGCCGCCACGCCUCCAGCUUCCGAGGAAGAGGCGGAGCGCUCGUCGGCGUCUCGCUCGCCAUCGCCAAUCCUCCACCUGUGUCCCGACUCCCCCUCCAGCAAGACAGACUCCAGCGAGAACUCGGAGAUCUGUCCUGACGACAACCAGAGGAACAAAGCCAAGUCUGACGAGGACAACUGUCAGGUGUUUUACAUCCACAACCUGCCGAGCAGCGUGACCCAGAACAUGCUGAGGAAACGCUUCCAGGUUUUCGGCAAAGCGGAGGACUGCAAAGUCAUCAUCUGCAACGAGGAGCGCUGCGGGGUGAUAAAGAUUCGUCAGCCGGGGGCUCAGAGGCACUGGAGAGAGCGAGAGACUGUUCUGAAUGGACCUGCAGGCCUACGGAGGCUGACUAGAAAGCGCUACAUAGACCUCGAUGAGGCCGGUCCGGGUCCUGUCAAGAGCAAGUAUGAUGCACUGGACUUUGACACUCUGCUGAAAGAGGCCCAGAAGUCCCUGCACCGCUGACAGUACAGCGCCACCGACUGGCCAGCCUUAGUACAUUGCGGCAAGACCCCUCCGACAACACGGCUCUGAACUCGAGACGGGCCUCUGAGUACCUCCAUGCAAGGCAACCUCGCAAAAUGUUUACAUUUUUAACCAUUGGGACAAACAGUAAGGACCUUGUUUUUUUAAGUUUCUUUCACCGGAGGAUACUGCUUAAAAACGAGGAUGCCACUGGGAGUCCGGAGGGGGGUUGAGCGACAACGGAGGAAACGGGACUUUAAACAGCAAUGGUACAACAGCCACAAACGAUAGUGACACAGUUCUCCCGCUGAACAACCGUGACAAACAAAGCUGCUUCCUGUCUGUGUUGGUGAAACCGUCGCCCUGCCUUGGACGAGCGGGCGUUGAGAGAUCUGUAGCAAAUCCUUGCUAUCCCCCCCUGCGUUGCGUUGGUCGUCGUGGUGUGUGUUCCUGCGUGUGCGUGUUCUUUGUUCUGUUUGUUUUGUAAGAAAAGGAAGACAAAAAAAAAAAACAAUCCCAAAAGAAGAAAAAAAAUAACCCCUCCCUCCUUUCAGUCUCGAGUGGUGAACCUGCAAGCUGUGUUCGCUUGUGUGGUCGUAUAACCUAAAAAAAAAAAAGAAAAACCCAGUAAAAACCCAACUCUGCUUUGUUUUAGCGAAAAAUUGUGGAUGUUAUCAAUUUUAAAAAUCUAUUGUGUGUGUGUUAUGGACAAAGAAUAUAACAGAAAAAACAUUUAACGUAAUCAUCCAAUGACUGAUAAAGUUUACAAACUAAAAUGAAGAAAAAAAAUCAUGUUCUUUUUUUUUUUUUUGUAAUUGUAGUGCUUCCUUGAUUUGAACUAUGCACUGUAAGGAGGUAAAUGUCUCUGCUGUCCUCCACCUUCCCCCCUCGUAACUCCUAUCUCCAACUCUGCCAUGCCGACUCUUUUGGCCUCUGCUACUGGCUGCUGCAGGCUCUGGUGAACAGGCGCUCCGUGGACGCCACGCCGGCUCAGAAACGCCGUUAGUGACCGCGUUGACGUCUGACAAGACGUUUUUCAGCGCGACGAGCUGGAAAUCUGGGUUCAAAAUUCAUGAUUGUACUGGAUUAAAUCUGGAUUACAGUCAAGUCAUUCCUUGAAAGGCUAACGUCUUACUGUCUCAUGAAGACAUUUUAAUGCAAAAAAAAAAAUGUAAAUUUGCUAAAAUCCUGGUUAGUCCUGUAAGCUUAUUGUUAAAACACAAGAUUAAAGUGAGAUUACCUCUAAUUCCUUCAUGCAACAUUCCCAAAAUCAGUAGUUUACUGACAUCUAUCAAAAAACAAUUUAAUAUUAAGUUCUCAAAAAUAAAAAAAAAAAUGCAAAUUAAGUCCAGUAUUUAGCAUAUAGUAUGUUCUCAAUUAAAGUCUGGAAUGGUACUAAAAAUAUCAGUUCCAUCUAAAAUAUUAGCGGUCCGGUUUGCAGACAUCAGAUUGAAGGAAAACUGUUUGGUGCGGUCCUCUGGAACCUCCAGCUCCACCCUCCUCCCCCCUCCAGCGCCUCAAUGCAGCCAUCAGUGUUUACAUUCGGACGGCAGCAAGCAGAACUAAAAAUGGGGAAAUUAAAGAUGGUAGCCUCCGGCAGCGUUCAUUUUACUCUCGGUAUGAAUUCUGAAUUCACCGCUUCUGCACUUUGUCCAAAACCACACAGUCCGGUCCGUCGAUUCUACUCUUCAGAAACUCAAAACCGCUGAAGCCAAGUCGCUUCCCGUAAUCUCCGUAAAUGGUCAUCGCUCGAGGUCAAAAAUUAAUCAAAAGGAAUGUACUCAAGAAUUUGAAUGUAAUCAUCGUGUUUUCCCCAUUUCUGCUUGCCCAAAGAUUGUGGAGCUUUUUUGGUGCUUUUCCUCAAAAAAAAAAAAAAAAAACAACAAACAAAAAAAGAAACAGGUAGAUCUCCUCAGUCGUCUGAUU